AUGACAAUGUUCAAGAAAUGGGGUGGCUCUGCCAGAGAAACAAUCCACAUGGAGUUGGACAAUUUAGGGCUGCCUCAGCUUCCGGAAGUUUGCAGUGACGAACAACUUUCGGAGCCCACAGUUUUCGAACUUUCCCCUUUUAUGUCCAAACACAGCAAUAUGCAGAUAGCCAUCCCUAAUGUAUCCUAA